GCAGCUCGGUUCUCACGGCCGGGGCUUUUACUGAGUAUCUAUACCGUCUCAGGAACACAGAGGCGCGGCUUGGGCGCGGCAGUUUGGCCGGUAUCAGGUGGAGAAACGGACCGGGGGCCGGAUUGUUCUCUGUGGAGCGGAACAGAGGCGAAGACACCGCGAGCACGCAGCCGACAUGCACACAAAGAGCAGCGGGCGAGAGGGAGCCGCGACCGGAGCCGAGGAGCAUUAGCCUGGGGGAGCGUGAGGAGCCUGAGGAGCUAGGCCGGCCGGAGCCACAGAAUGAGGGGGAUCUGAGCUGGGUUAACUGGCUGAUUCUAGAUGCUCAGUCUGUCUGAACCGGGAUGAUAGCGUGCUGAGGGCUGCUGCGUGCUUUGCUUUGCUUCGCUUCGCUUCGCUUCGCUUUGCUUGGAGACACUCCAGAUUUACGAGCGACCAGCAUUGUUAGGGGGAGAUCUCCACCAACACCUCCACCAUCGACGUCUUCGUCUUCUCGUGUGUUAUUGUUAGGGUUGGGUUAGCUAGGCUAGCUGGAGCGCAGUGUUGCAGUGUGCAGUUUAUUUAUCUAGCAACAAUAAACGAAGGGAAACAGCGCUUCAAGGCUGCUUAACUUACCAUCAUCACCAGCACCACCAUCAUGAUGUUGGGUUUUAGGCUCGUACGGAUUGGAUCACUACAGUGCCACCACCACCUCCACUGUACUGUUUUCUGCAUUUUGACCAUUGCUACGGUGCUUGGGGUCCAAUCGUCGUAUCCUCAGAGCAGCGAGUGCGUGCCCGGCAAAGGAAAAGGCUGCCCAGAUCUCUCUGAGAAGAAGAGUGAUUUGCGAGUGUGCGACCCCUCCACAUGUCGCUACGGAGGAAUCUGCCGGGAUACAGGUGCAGAUCCUAAGUGUGUGUGUCAGUUUCAGUGCCAUAAGAACUAUAUACCUGUGUGUGGGUCUAACGGGGACACCUAUCAGAACGAGUGCUACCUGAGACAAGCAGCCUGCACCCAGCAGCGCUCCAUCACCAGAGCCUCUGAUGGACCCUGCUAUCCAGACAGCAGCUCGGGGUCUGGAGAUGAAGAUGACGAGGGAUCAGGAACAGACUCAGGAAAGAAGUUGAGUAAAUGCAGUAACUGCAAAUACGGCGCUGAGUGUGACGAGGAUGCAGAGGACGAGGACUCGUGCUCGUGUAAGAUUGACUGCAGUGGGCAUAAUGAAAACCCAGUGUGUGGAACAGACGGAAACUCCUAUAAUAACCCGUGUCUGGUGCGGGAAGCUUCCUGUUUAAAGCAGGAGCAGAUAGAUGUUAAACAUCUGGGACGGUGCCCAGAUAAAGACAAAGGGAGGAAGCUUGAUGAUGGACUCUCCUACAAGCCAGACUUUUUUGACACUGUGGAGCCGGGAGAUGGGAAAGGGUACGGUUGGAUGCCGGUUCCCUGCACAGAUGACUACGUCAACUUCUGUGUUCACGGCCAGUGUGAAUUAAAAUACGGCAUUGCCUCCUGCAGGUGUGAUUCUGGGUACACAGGGCCGCAGUGUGAGGAGGUUGCUGAUUUUAAUAUACUGUAUGUGGUUCCCAGUGGCCAAAAAUUACACUACGUGCUCAUAGCUGCUAUCAUUGGAGCUGUGCAGAUAGCCAUCAUCGUGGCGGUUGUCAUGUGCAUCACCAGGAAAUGCCCCAAGAAUAACAGAGGACGUCGGCAAAAGCAGAACAUGGGACAUUUUUCGUCAGACACCUCCUCCAGGAUGAUGUAGCUUAUUUUUAUUUGGCCAUUUUUUAUACUUUUUGUACCAGGUGAAUUACAUUUCUAUGUAAUUAUUUCUUGUUUCUUUUUUUUGUUUUGUUUGUUUUUUACGUGUGGACAAUAAGGUUUUAAUUCUGUUUUUUUGUUUGUUUGUUUGUUUUGUUUUGUCAAUUUUAUUUGGAUGGUGCCUUAUUGUUUCCUUUAUUUUGGACAUUUUAGGAUCUUGUCAGUGGAAAGCACUGCCAACUGAAUGAUAAGCCAGCUCUUUGUGUACAUUUUUCUUUAGUUUUUUUUUAUUGUUUUAAAUAUAUUAUUUUGUUGUUUUUUGGGAGGGGAUAGGGGGGGGGUGUAUCCAUUAUUGGUAAAUAAUGUUAUAAAUGUAACUCGGCACACGGACUGUAUCACAGACGCAGACGUCCUCCUCUCUUACAGAAUGUGUUUCUUACAAGACGAAACGUCUUUGAACUGCCUUCUGCCUUCUGCCCGCCCUUCACACUACUUUCCUUUAGCGAAUCAAAUGCAGCUGAACACCAAAUGCAAUUGGUUAUGUACAAAAAUAUGUGCGCCGACAAAAUGACGACAUUUUAGAGUUUCUUUAAAAAACAAAAAAAAGAAAAGAAAAGAAGAAGAAAAGAGAUAAUUCCAGAAAAUGGAAUGCAAAUGUGGUUGAUUAGCUAAUCCUGUCAUGUGGAAAUGUUUGUAGAUUUUACAUUCAAAUUGUUGUUGGUGUUAAUGUUAAUGUUGAAAAUGAUCAUUGUCAUUAAUUUAAUUCUAGGCACUGCAUAUCGCAUGACCUGUGAAACUUUGUCCAGUGAUGUAGAAUUAAUAGAAUAAAUUCUCUCUUAUGAAUAA